AUGAUCCGUUUGGUGUGCCUUCGAAGAGCGACUUACUUUGUGCAGACGCCUUUCGACUGCCAGCCGAUGAAAAUCCCUAAAGUCGCUUCGCUAGCCCAAACCAUGGACAAAAUUAUCCCACAAAAAGGUAUUUCGCGCGAGGAUGAGGUAAAGCUAUUAUUAGAAAAGCUUCCAUUAGCAUGCAAAGAGGCGAAGGAGCAGUAUCUUGUUGCCCAGCGCGCGAGUCGCUACUACCGAGCGCGGUACGGGAGAGGAUCGGAGGUGCAACGAAAGCAGGCUAAAAUGGUGCUUGAAAUGCCCGAUGAGGAUGUCGUGCGCUGGGCAAGGAGCCGCUGCAUGCUCGUACGGGAUCCUUUGGAUGCAUGA